AUGUCUGCUCCUGCGCCAGAAGAUGACUACCCACCACAUGACGUCCACUAUGGCGAUGACUACUAUCCUUCUGGCAAGGGCGGCAAAGGUGGCAUGGUGAGCGGUGGAAUGAUGUCUGGAGGCAUGAUGUCUGCCCCUUCUCCAGAGGAUGACUACCCACCACAUGACGACCACUAUGGCGAUGACUACUAUCCUUCUGGCAAGGGCGGCAAAGGUGGCAUGGUGAGCGGUGGAAUGAUGUCUGGAGGCAUGAUGUCUGCCCCUUCUCCAGAGGAUGACUACCCACCCCACGAUGAUUACUACUAUCCGCAUGGCGAUGACUACAGCUAUCCUUCUGGCAAGGGCGGCAAAGGAGGAAUGAUGACUGGAGGCAUGAUGUCUGCCCCUUCUCCAGAGGAUGACUACCCACCCCACGAUGAUUACUACUAUCCGCAUGGCGAUGACUACAGCCAUCCUUCUGGCAAGGGCGGCAAAGGAGGAAUGAUGAGCGGUGGAAUGGCGUCUGGAGCGUCUGGAGGUAUGAUGUCUGCUCCAGCUCCAGAGGAUGACUACCCGCCCCACGAUGAUUACUACUCCUAUCCACCUGGCGACGACUACCACCAAUACGACGACGAGUACUACCCUUCCGGUAAGGGCGGCAAAGGAGGAAUGAUGAGCAGUGGAAUGAUGUCGAGUGAAGGCAUGAUGAGUGGUGGCAUGAUGUCUGCUCCGGAGGGAGACGACCACUACUAUCCACAUGGAGAUGAUUACGCGCCACCCCACGAUGACUAUGCACCACACGAUGAUUACUACUACCCACACGGAGAUGACUACCACCACUACGAUGAUUACUAUCCGACUGGAAAAGGCGGAAAAGGAAUGAUGAGUGAUGGAGGCAUGAUGUCCGGUGGUUCCAUGAUGGGAUCUCGAAAGCUUGGGUACUAUGAGUCUGACGAGUCUGAAGAGGAAGAAGAUUCUGGCAAGGGCAUGAUGGGCUCUGGCAAGGGAAUGAUGAUGACUCCGGCCCCCACUGCAGCACCAAGUGACGCACCAAGUGAUGCACCGACUAUUGCUCCUACCUCUGGAAAGGGUAUGAUGAUGAGUGGUUCGAUGAGUGGUUCUAUGAGGCGACGCAUGCUGGUUCGCAGAUUGGGUGGAAAGAGCGGCAGCCGCAGCUGUGGAAAAUCUGGCAUGAUGGGUGGAAGCUCCUGUGGUGACGACUACUAUCCAGCUCCUGAUGACGACAGCAAUGACGAUCGCCGCUACCGCCGUUUGGAUGGUAAAGGUGGCAAAGGUGGCGGCAAAGGCGGCGGCAAAGGCGGCGGCAAAGGAGGCGGCAAAGGAGGCCAUGAUGUCUACGACGAUGACUACUAUCCAGAUGACGACAGCAAUGACGAUCGCCGCUACCGCCGUUUGGCUGUGAGCACCGAAGCUGCCUAAGACGUGAUCCUGAUUGAGCGGGAAAGGAUUAUCGUAUUGCUUGGCUGUCUGUGGCCCCGCUGGAUUCUUUGAUGCAUGUACUGACGGUGCAUCAAAUCCUCUACAAGAAAUGGCACUCUGAUGAAUGAAAACUAUUGAGGCAUGGUCCAUGAACCGAACAAAUGAAACCUAGCCUUGGCUAUUCCUUAGUUAUCCAUUUUGAGCGCCUAUUCAUAUCUAUUCUCCCGAUUGGCAACACACGAACCCUCCAAGUUUCACGUGUCGCGAUGGAAUCAUUCGUGUGUUUUGAUCGUUUGUAGCGAUCGUUUGUAGCGAUCCCUCAGUGCGUGUCAAGUCCAACUGCAUGUGCAAUGCUCGAUUCUGGUGUGCUGCUGGUCAACUUAUGGAUUGCAUCAAAGUUGGUGGACCUGUCAGAGCAGGCUCUAGCUAGAGACAAGAGAGCUGUACGCAAGGCUUGUCCAGCACAUUGAGAGACCAGAGCUCAGCUGGAAACUGACCGAAGCCAUGUGAUGGCCAGGAUAGUGUCAUCAUGUACAGGGGCACAUACGUGCAAGAAGUUGGUGCACGCUGUCAUUGAUUCCUUUUUAUGCAAGUAGCAUGCAUGGCUUGAGGGUGGGGGGUCAUUACAUUCAAUGAAGACGAAGCAUACCGCACGUACUGGCCUUCACUCACAGCCAGCCAUGCGCAGGCAUCUUCAACUAUUCACAAAAGUAGCUAGCUAGAA